CGAGUUUAAUUAAUUUCAUAGACAAAUCAUUUCCCUACAAAGUUUAGUGUUUAUUAUUGUAGUAACUAAUUUGCAAAAUGAGUCAAAAACAGCCUCAAAGAGAUCAGGAAGAACAGCAGCAACAAGGCCAAGACGUGAAGCCUGUAAGAUACGGCGAUGUAUUCCCGGUGGCGGGGGAGUUGGCCUCAAAGCCAAUAGCACCAAGAGAUGCUGCGAUGAUGCAGACCGCGGAAAACGCGGUAUUCGGGCAGACUCAGAAGGGUGGUCCUGCUGCCACCAUGCAGUCUGCUGCCACUGUUAAUGAAAGAGCUGGUGUUGUUAGCCAUGCUGCAGCCUCGGAUCUGGCUGCGCAGCAGGGUGUUACUGUCACUGAAACUUCUGUUCCUGGUGCUGUUGUUAUAACUGAGUCUAUUGGAGGACAGGUUGUAGGACAAACUAUACAAUCUAGGCCGUUAGUGCAAGGUGAACAAGGGAGUCUAAUACAAGGAUGGAAUAGUGCGACAGUAAAGGUUACCAUAGGUGAAGCUUUAGAAGCGGUUGCACUAACUGCCGGAGACAAACCAGUGGAGCAAAGCGAUGCCUCGGCGAUCCAAGCAGCUGAGGUUAGGGCCACUGGCAACAAUGUGGUGGUGCCUGGUGGGGUGGCAUCUGCUGCUCAGGCUGCUGCUUCUAUGAAUGCUCAAACGAUUCGUGAUGAGGAGAAAGUCAAGUUGGGCGAUGUUCUGACGAAUGCAACCAUGAAGUUGCCAGCUGAUAAGGAAGCGACGAGGCAUGAUGCUGAAGGAGUGGUGAGUGCCGAACUGAGGAACAACCCAAAUGUAGCAACCCGCCCUGGUGGCGUUGCAGCAUCAGUGGCUGCAGCUGCCAGGCUCAACGAGGGCAAUAAUCCAUGAUGUAUCAAGAGUAGUAUCCAUAAUAUUUCAUGAAUUAUCAAGAGCAUGAUCGAUGUAUUUUGUAUGGCUUGCAUGCCAUUGAAUUGCCUAAUAUGUUUCUUAUCAAACUAUUUGGGUGAAUUUGUUUUGGUCAUCAAUCAAUAUGUUGUAAUUUUGCUAUCAAGUUACGUUUAGAAAUUCUGGAACAGAUUAAUAUAUCAUAUUAAUCUAGUAGAUUUCUAAGGUACUAACAUGUAAGAAAUAAUUUUGAUCCGACUAAUAAAAGUUUUGGUUAAUUUUGUCA